AUGCCUCUAAGCUGUGGUGCGCGAUGCUUGAAAUUUUGUUUAUUUGUAUUUAAUCUCGUAUUUUUGUUUUGUGGCCUAAUUUGUGUUGGCAUUGGCACUUGGUUAUAUUUUGACCAAUAUGCUGUUGACAAUUUGGCUGCGGCAACAGCCAAAGUGCAAGGAAAUGUUACGGAUGAUGGUCUUAGGGAAUUGGCAUCCAAACCAACUGCCGUUCGGCAAAUCGGCAUUUUAUUAAUUGUCGGUGGGAUUAUUGUUAUCGUUGUAUCAUUUCUAGGAUGCUGUGGUGCUGCCAAAGAAUGGCGUCCAUUGCUUUGUUGCUAUGCCACCUGUUUAAUGCUUAUUUUGGCCACUCAAAUAGCAGCCGCUAUUUAUGCGGCAAUGCAUAGUCAUAUGUUUGAGAGAGAUUUUCGACAAAUCCUAAAAGCUUCACUAAAGUUAUACAAUGGAACAGAAAUUAUGAAUUCACAGAUUGAUAAUACUGUUCUGGUGAAAGCCGCAUGGGACAAAAUUAUGAUUGAGAAAUCAUGCUGUGGUGUUGAUUCAAAAAUUGGUGAUUUCAACGAGAGUGGUUGGUAUGCGCUCACCAAACAACGUCAUCAUUUUCCACCCGCUUGUUGUCCUCCAAAUAAAGAUGGAACGUUGAUGGAAUUUUGUCCAACGAUAUCUCGAUAUGGCGAUGGUUGUUAUAACAAAAUUAAGCAAUCCGUGCAAGAUUUAUCGACACAUUUCAAAAUUGUUGCAUGGACAGUUAUUAGCAUUGCACUGAUUCAGAUAUUUGGUAUUACGGUAGCAUUCUGCUUGUGUAGUGCAAUAAGCGACGAUGAAUUCGACUAA